UGCUUUUUUUUGGCCUCAUCCAACUGUCAGCAUGCCCUUGAAAUGCGGAUAUGCAUUCUGUUGUGGCUACUAUUCUGCAUCUUCUCAUUGUAAGCUUUUGAAGGUGCCAAACGAAGGUGCCUCCACUCACACCCUUUCUCGAUCACAGAUGGUUUCGACUACUGAAGACUACUGAUACCAAGAAACUCCUGCUGUGAGGUGGGUGAUAGAUCUGAGAUUGAGCAUUCCGGCCCAAAGAGGUGGGGGAUCGAUUUUCCAUCGUUUCCAUGGCACCUUUGAAUGAUCGUGACCCACGAGGUUCCGAUUCGACAGCUACCAGAAAAAACCGAUGGAACCAACUGAAAACACAGAACACAGAUGGGACUUUGACUGGAUUGCCUCUAUCUGCUUGGAAACUAGAUGAAGAUCGCACACAUCUUUGUGACGAAAUAUGUUCGGGAUCAGGGUUUCUGGAUGUCUUGAGAUUCUUACUAUGGUGUGCCAUUGGAUACUAUGCUACUCGGUGGUUGAAUCUCGGCUUUGAGAAGUUGGACGCAUCUCGUUUGAUUGAGCUUAUUCAAUCCAUUUGCAUGGGCCUUUCCCUGGGCGGCAUCCUGGGAGCCUUUUACAUCAGAAACUGGUGGAUACUGGGCCUGUGUGUUGGUGGAGCUAUGAGACUGAUUCAAAGAGAUCUGGACUCUGACCAUGAUUGGAACAGCUGUGGGAUAGGGCAUGUGCGUGGCACCUAUACCUGGAACCAGAAAUUUGUGCAGUAUUCCAGUCCAUUUGCAGCUCUUUGGUUCGUGGUGACAUCAGAAGCGCUCGAUCGCAUUUGCAAACUCAAGAAAACUUGUGGAGCUUCAGAUGACGAUAACUGGAAAUAUGUUGAAUACGUCUUUGGACGGCCUUCUAAACAUUUGGUUGGUGCCCCCCAGAUUUGGGGUCAGUCGCCUCAAGGGAAGCUCCUGGUCCUUGGAGUUGAAUCGGUUUCCAACGAGAAGCCUUUGGAUCUUGACUUCUAUGGCCUUUACGAGGCUGAGGAUUCUGACUCAGAAUCAGAACAUUCCGAGUCAUCUGACUUUGAGAGCAAAAUGCGGAAGGAACAUCAUCCUGGCACUAGUAGAACGGCGCUCUCUUGCAUUGAUUCCUCCAGUGAGGAUCUUGAAGAAUCUGUCGUCACUGGAGAAGCAGCGAAAGAGCUCGAAGGCGUGACGGUGAUGUUAAUCUACAGCCCAGAUGGCCAUCAUGUUCUUGAGCCUUUGUCAGUGCUGGAGGAAGACGGGGAAUGGCAUCUGAGACUUGCGGUGCCGCAAAAUGGAAGGCAAGAUCGGAACCAGUACCGAAAGAUUCUUAAGGCUGGUGAUGCCAAAGAGCCCAUUCUUCUCUUUAUUCCGAGUGAGUCAAGGCAAAGACCACCGAUGCUUUUGUCAACGGAUGCAAGCACCAUGCAGCGCAGGCAUCCCAUUACAUUGUGCACUUUGUGCAUUUUGCCUGUGCUCCUGCUGGGCAUUUGCGCUGCAGUUCAGCACGGAAGCAGUUUUAGUGCUUUGUUUCUGGUGCUGCCUGACCUGGCGGAAGCGGUCCUUCACCGUGGUUGGCAUGCCAUGACAAACAUGCCGGACAUCUGGCACAAAGGUUGGUCCUGCGUGCAUGGAAGCGACCAGAUCAGGACAGAGGUAGCACUUUUUACAUCGACUUUCUUCUUUGUGGGUUGCCAGGCUGUUCUGGUUCUUGCCUGCUACCACCUUCAUGUAGCCAAGAAUUCCUUGCAUGCUCUCAAUGAUUUGUUGCUUUUUUACAACCAAGAGGAACCAGAGUACCAGGCCCUGCUGCUGCAAAAAUUGUACCAGAUCCGCGAGAGGGUCAGCAACAAGCGGUGCUUGCGUCAUUUUGCAAGCCACGCCUUUCCACAAAGUCUCAAACCAGACAAAAGUCUGAUUUGGUGGUUCCAGACUCGAGCAGCCCUCUUUGCAGAUAUCAAGUUCAAUUUGGAGAAGCGAAACGUGAUCCUUUUGCUAUGCUUAUUCCUUUCACUGGCCUCGGGUUUGCUGGCCGCCACGGCACAUUUCAGUCAAGACAAGUUCAGCAACAUGUGCUAUGCUGUUGCGCAUGGGUUGGUCUCUGCCAUAAUCUUGCUUGUUUAUGUAGUCUUGGGCAACUUGGUGAACAUUGAGCUUCAAAGUGGCAUGGACCAACUUCAACGUUUAUGUAUGACGGAAGGACAGGAGAAACCUGAAGACACAGAUGCCGAUGGGGCGCUUAGCAGGCAGAGUUCACGAUCUGUUGCGGCACGCCUUGAUGAAGGCUUCUUGUCACCCCUCAGGUCUAACCCAAAACCAGAACCAGAACAAGUGUGCCGGCACCUGGUUCAGUAUUCCAUGCACAAGCCCUACAGCCUCAAAUUCUUUUGCUUUACUCUUACCAUGGGCUGCGUUUCGGUGGCAGCGACACCUUUGCUAAGCAUCGCCGGCGGUUUGAUGAUCUGGGCUUUGAAACGUGCCGGCUUGGACUUUGUGGAGUACAUCACAUGAUGAGUCUUACUGUCAAUGGUGUGGUAAUCUAGAGGUUCUGCGCAGUUUGGAUCGCAAAAAAGAGAUAAAACAAGAGUUUGAGGAUUUUCACGCGCAGGCCGGUUUCUAAGACUGAGGCCAUUGAUCAAUGGUUUUGACAGAACUCCUUCCUGAAGUAUUGGGCGAUUUGGGAGCCGCAGCACCAUGGGCCGAGCACACAGCCCCAACACUGGGCAGGUGUGGCCUUGCUGAUUUUGGCCAAGCGUUUGGGUGCCCAGUGUGACGGAGGACCGUGUGGUACCCAGCGAACGACGCGCAGCUUAUUGUUUGAAGUUUGCAGAGUGUUUGUUCCACGUUCAGACUACGGACUGUGACUAUAGUAAACUACUCAUCUCUGCACCAUGGCAAGUGUUGGGGCUGCGAAGAGUAGACACCUACAGCUGGGUAUCCUCGUGCAUCUCAGCUUACAAUGCAAACUCGUUUGCCGUUUGCGACUCUGCUGAGUUGGCAAAGGCAGCCACAGUAGCUGGCAUGCACGCAGGGCAGACCAAUUUAGUGUCCACUUCUUGGAGGGAACUUCACUACAAACGCCCUUUCCAGGUGAUUCAACUUGUUUUCAUUUGUGCAGAUCUUCACCGAGUCCUGAGAGGUUCCUUCCGGCGCGUCUGCGGCGCGCGCCUCUGCGGCGGCGGGCGCCACCAGAGAAAGCCCCCACCGCCCCGGAGCGCCAGGGCCUCAAGAAAGAUGGUUUGCCGUCUGCCUUCCAAAGGUCGGGACCUCCUCC